GUACAUUUUUUUUAUUAGUACACCUUUUAUUUAAUGACAUGCUAUAUUUACAGAAGCUGCCACCAGAGGGCGUAUGGGUUCCACACUACUGACUAGAUUUAGUUGAAAAUAUUGUCUUUGUACAUACACUGAUGCGCACAUUUUAGCGCGACAUUUUAACAGGAAUAAUUGUUUUUUUAUGUAUGUUUGCUGAUAAUUGUCUAUUACUUCACUCGCAGAUUUGUGAAUUCAACGCCGUAUUUUUCCACUUCGCUGACGCCUCGUUUGAAUUUCUGUGGGUUCAGUAAACCGAGUUUCACAGGCCCGGUCCGCUUCCCUCGCGCGAGCGGCUGGUACCGGGCGUCGCCUCCUCCCUCCGCGUGCUGGGGCUCCGCCUUCCUCGCGCCGCGGUGACCUAAGCAGGAGGCUCGGAGCCCUGUAGUCCUGCCGCAGUUAACGGGCUCUGCGCGCGGAGAACCGGACACCCCGUCAGUCUCGUCGGUCCGCCGCUCACGGAUCUUCGGCGUUUGAGGCAUAAACACGCGAGGAAUGUGGGGUUUACAGAAUGCCCCGCAGCGGAACGAGAUUCAAACCCGCCCAGUACCUCCCGGUGUGCACCGCUGCCGCGCUUCUCGUGGGCUCCACCACUUUGUUCUUCGUGUUCACGUGUCCUUGGCUGACUGACGCUGUCUCACCUGCUGUCCCCUUCUACAAUGGUGUCGUCUUCCUCUUCGUCCUGGCCAACUUCAGCAUGGCCACCUUCAUGGACCCUGGCGUGUUCCCCAGGGCAAACGAGGAUGAGGAUAAAGAUGAUGACUUCAGGGCGCCCCUCUAUAAGAACGUGGAGGUGAAGGGAAUCCAGGUGCGCAUGAAGUGGUGCUCCACCUGUCAUUUCUACAGACCUCCACGCUGCUCCCACUGCAGCGUGUGUGACAACUGUGUGGAGGAUUUUGACCACCACUGUCCGUGGGUCAACAACUGCAUCGGACGCAGGAACUACCGAUAUUUCUUCCUCUUCCUGCUGUCUCUUAGCGCCCACAUGGUGGGCGUGUUCUCCUUCGGCCUGCUGUUUGUGUUACGCCACCUGGAAGGACUCGGCACGCUGCACACCACUGUCACCCUGGUUGUGAUGUGUAUUGCUGGGCUGUUCUUCAUCCCUGUUAUGGGCCUCACAGGGUUUCACAUGGUGUUGGUGGCCAGGGGUCGCACCACUAACGAACAGGUAACAGGAAAGUUCCGUGGUGGAGUCAAUCCUUUCACUCGAGGUUGCUGUGGCAACGUGAAACAUGUUCUCUGCAGUCCCCAAGCACCCAGGUACACCAUCAACCCCAGGAAGACGCCCACGGUACCCGUCAAACCUCCAUUCCUGCAGCCCGUGCUCUCCGAACGCAACGUCACCGUUAAGAUCAGCGACAAUGGUAUCCAUGGCAACAUCCUGAGGUCAAAGUCUAAAAUCAGUCUGGAUGGGGAGAAGGGGAUGGACGUUCAGCCUCCGCUUCCUCCAAAAGCUGAACGCCCUCACCACCUCCAGAGCCAGCUCACUUCCAGUGAAGAGAGCUCUCUGUCCAGCAAGCCCACCAACCCCUCCACACCCGCCAUGUUCAAAUACAGGCCGGUAUUUGGCACCAUGCCAAAGGUGCACUACCAUGCUACAGGAGAAAAGAUCGUGAUGUCAGACGACUGCAGCCCUGUUCUGGAGGAGCGUGCCCACGACUACCGUUCAGAACCCAACCUGGACCUGCCGGACUACGGCUCCGCCCCGCUCCGCCGGACCUUCCAGUCGUCUCCGUUUCAGCUGGACCUGAUCAGCACCGCGCCCCGGUCCGUCAGACAAGGUCCGCACAGGGCCGACCGUGCGCCACUAGGGGGCAGCAAACCCAACACAGUCACCUCCACGCCACAACGUGUACUCUUCUCUCCCAGCACGCUGUCCAACCGCAGCAGCAGCCUGUCCUACGACAGCUUGCUGGCCCCCAGCACAGCGCCCUCUGGGGGCGAGUGCACAGCACAUCCCGGCUUACCAUCCAUGGGCUUGCACUCGCCCUACCUGCCCACAAAAACGUGUCACGUGCGAGGACCCGAGCCACAGUGCCACCCCGCCCCACACCCCUACAGUCCUGUCCGUGUGGGUGUGGCUUAUGGGCGUGAGUCGCCCCGUCCGAGAGAGAGAGAGCGGGACCCGUCACCCGUGCGUUACGACAACCUCUCCAGAACAAUCAUGGCCUCCAUCCAGGAGAGGAAGGAGGUGGAGGAGCGUGAGAAGUUCACGCGCCGACGCAUCCGCCCCCACGUGCAGCCCACUUACGCCAACGACUCGGGCGUGUUUGACGGGUGUAGCGGAACGGCAUACGGACUUCCCCCCGGGUCCUGUUACCCUGAUAACCAGAGAGGUCCCACAUCCAGGGGCCCCACUCCGCCGGUAUGUGGCUCCCGUGACAACCUGAUGGGCGUUGGAGUGGGCGUGGGCAUGGCCGGGUAUGCCCAGCGCAGCCCUGGGUUUCACUCGUCUGCGUCGUCGUUGGUCAGAGCGCCCAGGACUUCCUCCAGCUCUCUGCACACGGAAGGAGGAGGCGCAGGGAGCCAGGGAGGAGAUCCAGUGUAUCGCUCCCCUCCUCACCUGCCCCACGCCUCUCCCUCAACAUCACCUCGCUCCCCCUCCUACUCACACCACAAGAUGUCCUUCAGCACACGGGACAGGGCGGAGUCCCCACACCUGGGCAUGAGAGAUGACCUGGGUCAAAGUAAAGUCAACGGGCAACCAAAGGGCCGAGCACGAGACUGCCACCUAGGGGCAUCCACUGGACACGCCCUCAGUCCCGGCCCACACACCAACGUCAAAAAAGUGACUGGAGUGGGCGGGACCACGUAUGAGAUUUCAGUUUAAUGGAUGGGUGAAGUAACCAAUCCCUGUGUGACGAAGCACUGCCAUGGCGACUGACACCGCUGCCUCCUUUUGUGCUAAUGUGGAAGAGGGCUUCUCUUUCUUUUUACUUUAACAUUAAAGAACACUGUAAAUGACCAGUCACAGCCUUGCUCACAGGGGACUGUUGGUCCAAUCAGAGGGGUUUUUCACUGUUCAAGGUGCUUACCGCUGCCCUCUGGUGAUGAAACAGAGGAGUUACAACAUGAUUUGAUGUCAACCAACACCAAGGCAAAAACAUCAUUUGUGUGUGUGUGUGUGUGUGUGUGUGUGUGUGUGUGUGUGUGUGUGUUUGUUCAUGUAUGUGUGUGUGUGUGUUUAAGAUCAGGAGUGUGUAAGUGAGAAUCGGACGUGUAUCGGCUCUAUUGUCCCCAUUUAUUCAGCCGAUAACACAGAAGAGUGACGAUUUAAAAACACAAGAGCAGUAUCAAAUUUAAAGUUUUUCUCCAAAAAGGGCUGAAUACUCAAAUGUCCAUUUAGCUGUAAUCAGUCGGUUGUUUCUUAUGGAAUGAAAAGGUGCUCACUUAUACCGUGGAUCGGAACUGAUCCGGUCGCUCUGUCUGCCGUUGUGUGAGAAGUGGGAAUAUUACUUUCCAGUAUAUGUAACACUACCACAGUCUCUGACACUUCACUUAAUCUGGAUUUCUCCUUUCUGGAUUUCUUUUAUAAACUCGUCCAAUCAGUUCUUCUUAUCCCAUAAAAAGUCCUCAGACAGUGGUGAGAAAGUUUGUUGCAUUUAGUGAAGUUACCAUGGAAACAUCAGUGUGCUGUUGCUAGGAGACAUGAACGCGAGUAAUGCCAUUCUGCUUUUUCAUCAACCCAGAGCAAAGUGCAGUGAACACCUGUGCCCUAGACACAUCACGGCCAAUCAUGUUACAGCAGGAAGGAAUCGGACAUGUCGCGGUUGUGUUACAGUGUAAAUGCACUGGAAACCUCAUGUCCAAUCACAUUAUAGCAGGAAUGCAUCAGACACAUUGUGGCCAAUCGUGUUACAGCAUAAAUGCAAUGGAAACAUCACAGCCAAUCACAUUACAGCAGGAAUACAUUGGACAUGCCCCAGCCAAUCAUGUUACAGCGUAAAGGCACUGGACACAUCACAGCCAAUCGUGUUACAGCGUAAAUGCACUGGACACAUCAAGUUACAGGAUUAUGCCAGUAUCGAGUCUUCAGUUGUUGUACAGACCAGACACACACGGGUCGGUCUGAGCAUCUCCAAGUACCAGCUACGAGACCUUUAACCUUGCGGCAAGACAAGGGAAAACAAAACAAAAAAGAAUAUUUCUGUAAUUUGGAUUUUGAUUUAAUGCCACAAAUAUUGUAGAGGUUCACAAACAUCCAGGUUUUUUGUAUUUUUAUGAUAUUUAUAAUUACUGAUACAGCUACUGUAUAAUUUACGGCUUCACCUCACAAAAUCAUACAAAUCAUCUUUUUUUUAUUGAUUUUUAAUACCCUACAUUUCAGUUACAUUUCACUUUUUAUACAGAUAUCCAAAUUUGGAGUUUGUUUCUAUUGUGAGUGAAUUUUUUCUGCAUUGUUUAUAAUUUAUGUGUAAGUGAAUAGUAUUCAUUGCCAUUUAUUAUUGAUGUUGGGAACCGUUUGCAUCCAGGAAUUUGGACAGGCGGAUAUGACAUGCAAAAGUUUUCCUAGGACUGUCUUCUCCCAUCCUACCGAGUCAGACUGUGUGGAGUGUAGAGUUGGAUCUGUUCAUAAAGGUUAUAUCUGUUCACCAUUGGAUCAACCUUACACUGGGCGCAUCUCCAAAUUUUUGAGAUUUGAAUUUAGUGUUAAAAGUUGCGAAAAACAUUGGAACUUACUGUUGUUAUUGACGUACUAUAUAAUUGGAAACGACGGGGCUAUGAUGAUCUGGUAACGGUUAUGUAAUUAUAUACUUUAAGUGGUGAGUGAGUCGGUGAGUGAGUCAGUGAGUUAUCCACAACUCUGAAAAUGGCUGUUUUGUGUCAUCGUAUCAUCAAAAGUUCCCUCUUGCCCGAUGAAAUGUGUCCCUUGGCUUCACCCUCGCUGUCUGGAACAGCGUACCAUCCUGAAAGGGGAGGGUGUUCAGUGUGUACUCUUAUAGAUAACAAAAAAAGAAGAAAUAUGGGACUUGUUUCCUGUUUAAAUGAAGAAUUGUGUUCUAAAGAAAUGAAAAUAUAGUUUGAUAUCAAGGUACAGCUGUUAUUUUUUUGUUCAUCCAAGAAAGAAAGAAAUAACCAAAUAAAUAUAGCCUGAAAGUUCAAA